CCCCCUCGCCACCCUUCGCUCUCAUCCUCUCCGCCUGGAAAAAACAAAACCCUCGAAAUCCCAGAGUCUUCGAUGGCCGCCACAAUCACCUCAUCCCUCUCCUCCAAGCCCAAGCUCUCCCUCUCCGCCUUCCAUGGCACUCCUCUCGCCCCCGCCCAGUCCCUCCGCCUCCAGGCCCCCAGGUGUUCACCCCACUCCGGCAUCUCCAUGUCCGCCGCCUCCCCGCCCUACGAUCUGAACGCCUUCCGCUUCGAUCCCAUCAAGGAGUCCAUCGUCUCUCGCGAGAUGACCCGCCGCUACAUGAUGGACAUGAUCACCUACGCCGACACCGACGUCGUCGUAGUCGGCGCCGGCUCGGCCGGGCUCUCCUGCGCCUACGAGCUCAGCAAGAACCCCGACGUCCAGGUCGCCAUCAUCGAGCAGUCCGUCAGCCCCGGCGGCGGUGCUUGGCUCGGCGGCCAGCUCUUCUCCGCCAUGGUGGUGCGGAAACCGGCGCACCGCUUCCUGGACGAGCUCGAGAUCGAGUACGACGAGCAGGACACCUACGUGGUCAUCAAACACGCCGCGCUCUUCACGUCGACCAUCAUGAGCAAGCUCCUGGCCAGGCCCAACGUGAAGCUCUUCAACGCCGUGGCCGCCGAGGACCUGAUCGUCAAGAACAACAGGGUCGGCGGCGUGGUCACCAACUGGGCCCUCGUGUCUAUGAACCACGACACCCAGUCGUGCAUGGACCCGAACGUCAUGGAGGCCAAGGUGGUGGUGAGCUCGUGCGGACACGACGGCCCCUUCGGAGCCACCGGGGUGAAGAGGCUGAAGAGCAUCGGGAUGAUCGACAGCGUGCCGGGGAUGAAGGCCCUCGACAUGAACACUGCGGAGGACGCCAUCGUGAGGCUCACCAGAGAGAUCGUGCCCGGGAUGAUCGUGACCGGGAUGGAGGUGGCCGAGAUCGAUGGGGCUCCAAGAAUGGGGCCAACGUUUGGAGCGAUGAUGAUAUCGGGGCAAAAGGCGGCUCACCUGGCAUUGAAGUCCCUGGGAUUGCCGAACGCGGUGGACGGAUCCUACGUCGGGAGCAUCCACCCGGAGCUCAUCCUAGCCGCCGCCGACUCUGCAGAGAUCGUGGACGCUUGAAAUUUUAAGCUUAAUUGGGGCUUAUGGAUUGUAAUGGAUGGGGAGUAGCUUGUGGGAUUGUUAAUAAGGUGGAUGUUUUCAUCUCUCUCUCUCUCUCUCUCUCUCUCGCAUUUUCUGCUGCUGCUGCUGCUUGUGCCUCCUUAAAUCUUUGGAUGAGUGGAGUUUUGAGUUUCA